CUUGUUUUAUAUUUCAAACUGUACCAGAAGUUGAAUUCCUUAUGUAUACCUAUCAGCUGAUGACAGUAGUAGACUUUGUGAUUUAUUUUUACUGAAACGUGUUAAUUAUUUUUAAAUCUAUAUAUGUCAUGUUUUAACAUCAUGUAUUGCAGAAACCAUAUUUAGAACACCUGCGGUUGGUAACAUCCACCCCUAACCUAAAAUACAAAUUCAUGAAACAAGAAAUACGAAGUAGUGCGUAGAGUGAAUUGGAAGAAUGGGAAAUAUCUUUCAAAAAGACAGGAUGUAUAAAGCGGCUUGGGAUAGUUUCUGUUAGUGACAAGUAUAAUUGAAUGGGAAUACAUUAUCCGUUAUUGAUAACCUAAGUAUUUUCUUCUGCGUGAAAACUAUUUUCGUAAUACCAGAGUGAGCAUAUAAAUUUAUUUCCACAUGUGUUUUAAGCAUUAUAACAUUAAACACGUUGUACUUGCUUGUCUGUUUAGUUGAUAAAUCUCAGUAUGUCGGCUUCAGACACAUCUAGCGAGGAAAAUCUUGAAUUAUUAAGGGAAGCUGCUGAUGUACAAUUCAUAAAUGAUUCUAUGUUUGCAUCAAGAGGGACGGGUGAUACAUACAAAGAAUAUAAUGGAAUAACAAAGCGAGAGAAACCUCCGUCACUUCGUCCACAGAUGAAUAAGGAGCAGCAAUAUAAUGACCUGCAUGUCACACCAGGAUUUCAGGCCUUUGUUGCCAAGCAUCUAGUCAGGAUCAUAGAUCGAGAACUGGAAGAGUUCGAAGGUGACCAGUCUUCAUCCUUGGUGCAGAAUGGAGAUGCUAAGAGUCAGCCUGAUGGAGGAAUCCGGCUGUUUGCAUCUUCGUCCAGUUAUCUGUCUGUAGAUACAGCACCUUCCUACAAGAAAGGAAGAAGGCAAGUGGCUCAGGAGGAAGAUGAAGAUGAACUGGAGAAAUGCCGGGCAGUUGCAGUAUCUCCACAGUGGGUUAUGUCCAGGAAGGAGACUUCUGGUUGGGAAAAAUGUGGUAAAGAAGUUUUGGUUGUUAAUUCAAAUGGGGAAGUCAUUGCCCACGAGGGAGCCAAGAUGAAAAUAAAGACUAAUAGUUGGGGUGUGCGUGACAGUACUUUCCAUAUAGACGUGAAAUCUUCCACUCUAGACUCAAGUCUCAAACAGAGAGAAAACUGCAGACAAAAACGAAAGAAAGAAAGAGAGAAAAAGAAAAUAAAAAAUAAAAUAAAAAAUGGAGAUGUGUUAAAAGAACUAGGCAGCAAAACCAAGUGAGAGAACAGAGAUGAGUUGCAAAGACCUUCUGUUAACAUCAAUAAAGGAUGAUGAUGAUUAUCUUAAAUGGAAAUAAAAAAUUACAAGUCAAAAAUUUUCUGACAUUUCGAGCCAUAAUUUUUUUUUUGAGAUGGUAAAGUUUUCCCUAUAACCAUACAAACUGAGUUGCUGACUUUUUCAUCAUUUGACCUGCAUAAAACAGAAACCAUACUAGAAGAAGAGAACAAUAUGACUACUUUAUUUUACACAUUAAAUUUACAUAUUUAUUAUCAA